CGAAACUUUGAGUGGUAUCUGAAGGAGGUCAACCCAGAGCUGGAAAGAUCCAUUGACCAGUACAGCAUUUAUUUUGGCCAGGUCUGUUGCUGUUAUGUUGUUGAUUUUUCUUCCUAGCAAAUGUUGUUGUUUUUUGUUAAUAAUUUUUUAGAAAAACCUGAUCCUACAAACAUUUUCUAAAUGUGACAAGCAUAGAUGGCACUGAAUUAAUUAGAAUAAUUGUAAUGAUAGCUCACCAUCGGUUAGAGGGGGGGGGGACUUUUCUACGGCAUCAGAGUUUGUUUGUUUGUUGCUGCAUAACUUGAUAUACUGAGAGACAUUUAGAUGAGCAUUUUUUCGAUAGUCAUCGCAUGAUUUGCAGAGGCUAUUCUUUUUUAUUGACAGUACGAUAAUGGCCCCCGUUUCUCGUGGUAUGAAAACCUAUAGGUUCAUCUUAUGAAUAUUACUCACGUUGCAUUUGUGAAUGUGACAUAUGGUGUGGUCUUAUGAAAAUGACUAAUUUUAUCAUAUGAAUGAGACUGAUUUACACAAUUGUGUGACAUUUUUUUCAUCAGGUCAGGAAUAGAGAAUUCAAUCUUUGUCUAGAUGCAACCCUGAAGCUGGUGGUCCCAGAAGUUCUACCGUGUAAUCUAAGCACCUUCUCACAGGUCAGUGUUCUAUCAACUAUUUUGGGACUGUCGCAAAACGCGUUAGUGACAAAGGAGAAUAGUACGUCAUUGUUGUCUGGGUCAAAGGUCGGCAGAGUAAGUUUUAACCCAAACUGGGAGAUGGGAAAAAAUGUUUAUUUGAAAAAAUAAUUGGGGGUGUGAGGUUAAAAGUGAAUAAACUUUUGUAGAUUUUGAUGGUGGGCCUUGCCUUGGACAGCCAGGAGCUAGAGAAUUAACUAUAGAGUUUGGGUUUUGGGAAUAUAACACAGUUGAGUUGAACGGUUUGAGUUGAUAGGCGAUUGUCAUAAUGAUAGUUUGAGAGUUUGAUAGUUUGCAUUUGGUGCGUAAUAUUUUUUUUCUGAAAUAGUUUAUGCAAUAAAUCUGCUGUGCUAAAGUGGGUGAUUCGUUUGGAUAUUAAUAUAGUUCAGAGGCACGAAAAAAAUGUGCGGUUUUGAGCCCGGGGCGGGAAGGGGGGGGGGGACCUACUGGGAUUCUUAUAAACUGUGUUACUUGAAUGCAUUUUUUUUUGCUCAAUUUUCAGCCCCACUUUGCCCUCACCCCCCUCCCCCCCCCCACAAAAAAAAAAUCUGCUGUGCUAAAGUGGGUGAUUCGUUUGGAUAUUAAUAUAGUUCAGAGGCACGAAAAAAAUGUGCGGUUUUGAGCCCGGGGCGGGAAGUGGGGGGGGGACCUACUGGGAUUCUUAUAAACUGUGUUACUUGAAUGCAUUUUUUUUUGCUCAAUUUUCAGCCCCACUUUGCCCUCACCCCCCACCCCCACCCCACAAAAAAAUUGCUUGAUGUUACAUUUGAUAAAGGAUUUAUGCGAACAAAUUUGUUUUCAGUGGUUUUUCUUUCAAUUAUAUUUCUGUCUUUCCUUUCUUCCCAUCGACGGCUCUCCCCCGUGCCCUUCCAUCUCCCCACGUCCCCGUGCAGGCCUGGAUGUUGCGGACGGACGGACGCCUCGCGGUGUUCGGCUCCUACUUAGUCGCCCGCCCACGCAGCAACCCCAUAGAGGGCUACCAGAUCUACACGGUGCCGGACGUAAGUCUGUGGGCAGCGGACGGAGAUCCCAACCACCAAUGGGACUAUGAUAUGGUGAGCUGGUCUGAUGUUCAUAGAUAGGACAUACAUUAUGAGCCCAUGAUACAAAGUUCCAGGAAUAUUUGGGUUUCAUGAAAAAAAAAAAUUCAAAGAAAAGAAGCAAUUAAGGUUGUUCCGAAUUCCGCGUAAAUGGUACUUAAGGAAUGUUUUGACCUGUUUAGCAAUCGAGCCUUGAGUCUUACAUAGCCCAUGUUGUGAUUGUUUUUAUGUAAACUCGCCGCGCCUGUUCUUCGUCGUUAAGUUUAAUGGAUAUGACUUUUUAUUUGAAUUUUUACGAUGAUUUUACAAAUGCAUUAAAACUAUCCUAGAGGACAAUCUCUCUUAACCUCCAUCAAAUGUAGGUUUUUUUUAUUAUUUUAUCUAUAUAGUUUAAACUAGCUUAAGGAAUCUUAAGUCGAUCUAUGCAUUACCAUUACAUAUAUAAUUGCUCACCCCAUUAUAUUUUUCAUAAAAUUCUCCAUUAUAUUUGCCAUAAGAAACUCCAUUAUAUGUAUCAUAAUAAAGUCCAUUAUAUUUGCAAUAAUAAACUCCAUUAUAUGUGUCAUAAUAAAGUCCAUUAUAUUUUUCAUACUAAAAUCCAUAUUUUUUUGUGCAUUCUAAACCUCAUUAUAUUUUCACGCUAAAUUCCAUUAUAUUUUACCAUAAUAAAACUCCAUCAGAUUUACCAUAGUAAACUCUAUUAUUAUAUUUAUCAUAAUAAACUCGGCAGCUGAUAUAUAUUUUAUACAUGGGAUCAAGCCAGUCACUGUUUGUUACAAUGCGACUAAUGUCCAAUUUUUUCCCACCGACAGCGGACAUUUCUCUAACUGACAACCGUUUCCCCAUGUUCUUUAGACUCUACAACGCGGUACUUUUAAAUCUCAACGGUAUUUAGUAAAGGGAAACAACAACGAAAAAAUAGUUUCACAACUUCGACCACUCUAUAUAGAAGGGGAAGUGUUAAAGUUUCACAAUUCUUAUCACAAGGCCUAAAAUUGGUGGUGGGGUAAUUCUCACGGCUAGAGCGUGACCUCAUAGAUUUGAUUAUAAGUAGCGGAUUCCUCUUGUAAUUUACUUCAAGUUUACCUUCCUUAUGAAAUUAACUCUUUCUGGUUUUUGUCCCCCAUAGCACCAACGCCUCGUUAACAGGGGGAGUGGUCUGUGCCUGGCGGUGAAAAAGUUGACCACCAACUUUCCCCUUCUGCUGGUCGACUGCACCGACGAGACGAGAGCCAGAAGAUGGGUCUUUCAGACGAGAAGAGAAAUGUACAGAGAAUACCAGCACAAGUUUGACCUUAAGCUUGAUACAGAUUCCGUGUGGUAGAGUUGACCUUAAACUUGAUAUAGAUUCAGUGUGGUAGGGUUGAUCUUAAACUUGAUGCAGAUUCAGUGUGGUAGAGUUGACCUCAAAAUUGAUAUAGCUUCGUGUGUGGUAGAGUUGAUAUUAAACUUGAUAUAGAUUCAGUGAGGUAGAGUUGACCUUAAACUUGAUACAGAUUCAUGUGUGGUAGAGUUGAUCUUAAACUUGAUACAGAUUCAGUG